CGUCACUAUUCCGGUGUCAAUAACGGAAAAGCAAAGCCAGAGGUAGCUGAAGAGGUGAAGGAGGAGGUGAAGGAAGGGGAAGCCCCAUCCGCUGAAAAGCCCAAAUGUGUAGAGGAGCUCGCAAAGCUGAAGGUAAAGGAGGAGGAAGUCGUUGACUUGACCGGACGACUGCGAUACCUACAAGCAGACUUUAUAAACUUUCAGCGGAAUGCUGCUCGAGAAAAGGAGCAGACACGGGACUUUGCUAUCACCCGCUUCGCCUCUGACUUGCUCGAGACGGUCGAUGUCCUCACGCUGGCAUUGAAGUCAGUGCCUGCGUCUGCCCUCGAACCCUCAACAAUAGAAGACAUGCCUGUUUCCGAUGACUCAUCUUCUCCUUCACCACCACCUUCGCAUGAAGCCUCCGCUUCGACAAAGCCUCCCGAAGCGCACCUUCGUGAGCUCUACACUGGUGUCGAAUUGACCCAGCGUCAGCUUCUCCAGACUCUGUUCAAAUACCACGUCAAACCUUUUGACCCUACUGGUGACCCUUUCGAUCCUAAUCGUCACGAGGCGCUCUACCAAGCACCGAUACCUGGGAAGGUGGCCGGGACAGUCAUCGAUUGUCAAAAAAAUGGAUACACCAUUAAGGAUCGUAUUCUUAGAGCAGCACAAGUUGGAGUGGCCCAGGAGACAUCAUGAUCUACGGUGUUACGCCUUCGAUCCUUACGUCGGGAAAUGGCGAUGUUAAUCCAUUAUGUACUCAGGAUGCUAGAACGUAAGGUAGUUAGUACUUGCUAAUCAACGAAUCUCUACUCUGAACCGCUCCUUCAGUCGAGAGACCACUUCCUGUUGGACCCC